AUGGCCAACUUCCUCUCCUCCCGCGCAACAGACCUGGUUCGCGACCUGGAUUUGCCUUGGCGAUGGGCUCCACGAGGAACCUACUCGCCCAUCGACAAUCCGUCAGGCCUGGUCUCUUUUGGCACUGCUGAGAAUGCUCUUGUGCAUCAAGAUCUGGAGGAUUUCACAAAGCACUAUGUCACCUUUCCGAAAUCAGUCUUCAGCUACGGCUACAGUACGGCCGGUGGACCUGAGUUACCAGCCGUGAUAGCCCAGCAUGUGAACGAAUACUUCCAGCCCUCUCGACCAUUAGACGGAAGUGAGAUCCGGGUAACCGGUGCAGCAACCGCAAUGCACGAAAUCCUAGGCUGGGCGGUGGGAAAUCCCUAUGACGGUAUCCUGACCUCUAGACCCGUAUAUGGACGGUUCGAGCUCGACUUUGGAAAUAAAGCAGGCCUCAAAGUGGUGUAUGCUGAUACUACUGCCGAGAACUCGUUUGACGUCGAUGUGGUCGACGCAUUCGAGAAAGCAUUGGCCAAGUCUCGCGCUGCUGGUGUAGAGAUACGAGCCCUUCUCAUUGUCAACCCCAACAAUCCUGUUGGGCGUUGCUAUCCCAGGGAAACGCUCAUCGAGAUCAUGAGGUUCUGCCAGGCGAACCGACUCCAUCUCAUCAGCGACGAGAUAUACGCCACGUCCGUCUUCAGCAGUGACCUGCCCGUCUUCACGUCAGUCUUGUCCAUUGAGCCUGGGUUUCUGGAUGAUGAGUUGCUUCACGUCAUAUACGGAUUUAGCAAGGACUUCGGUGCCGCCGGGCUCCGCCUUGGCUGCCUGAUAACACGAAGCGAGCCGAUGCUGAAGGUUAUACAAAUGACAAUGCGCUUCCAUAAUCCUUCCGGUGCGUCCGUGGCGAUCGCCACAGCGAUGCUAAGCAAUCGAGACUGGUGUACCCAGUUCGUCUCCAAUACCCGUCGCAGAAUUGGGGAAGCCUAUCAGCAUGUCACCGCGGGGCUGAGGGAGCUAAGUAUCAAUUACCUACCAGCCAACGCAGGUUUCUUCGUAUACGUUGACCUUUCCCCGUACCUUGAUCAAAGUGCGGAAGACCCCGAGUUCGACCUCUCCCAGAGGCUGCUUGACGCAGGUGUCUUUCUUCACCCCAAGGAAGAGCACGGCAAGCAAGGCUGGUACAGAGUUGUCUACACUCACCCUCCGGAAGUUGUGGAUGAAGGAUUAAGACGCAUCAAGGCGGUUCUUCAGAAAAAGGCUUAG